GGAGCAAAUAAGCAGCUUAAGGAGCUACUCUCAGCUGCAACGAAGGAAUCCCUUAAGAUCCAGAGACUUUUCGCUAAUGACGGCACUAAGUGGAUCUUCAACCCUCCAGCGGCACCGCAUAUGGGCGGAAAAUGGGAGGCGGCGGUAAAAUCAAUCAAGUAUUAUCUACAACGAACCAUCUCGGAUACGUUGCUAACGUUCAAAGACUUCUCCACGUUCUUAGCUCAAGUUGAGGCGGUUCUCAACUCUAGACCUCUCAGCUCUCUCUCGGAAGACCCUGAUGACAUCAGAGCAUUAACACUAGGGCAUUUCAUCAGAGGGGAAGCAUUAACAACUAUCCCCGAGCCUUUUCUAACAGACAUCUCAGAUUCCAGGUUAUCUAUUUUCCAGCAGAUUCAAGAGCGCUUCCAGCAAUUUUGGAGAAGGUGUUCGACGGAAUGCCUGCAAGCGCAUCAGACCACAUCCAAAGGGCAGACAUCGCAGAACGACAUUAAGGAAGGGUUUCUUGUCCUCGUUACCGACCAACGACUUCCUCCGUCAAAAUGGCCUCUCGCCAGGGUGAUCCAGCUACACCCAGGAAAGGACGGUCUCUGCAGGGUUAUCACACUGAAAACGACCACCAGCACUAUCACCAGACCUAUCGUCAAGCUCGCACCAUUGCCUCUCCAACCGCACAAGGAAUAA